CCUCAGAGCCGCAAGCAGGACAACGACGUCGUAACUUAUCCAUUGAACAAAGCUCUCGCGGCACCCAAAUUUUCGAUCCCCCCUUCGUGCUUUCCAGAAUAAUUAUUGGAAUUAAAAAAAUUCUUCGGCGAGAUUUACGGCAAAAGAUCAGAAAAAGAAAAGGCCGAUCCCUCAUAAUUCUCUUGUAAUUCUAUUGAUAAAUGUCGGCGAGUAGGAGAAUCUGCCGUAUUUGAUGUCGGAACUGGAGAAUGCAUUGGAAUUUUGCACAAAAUUAGUAACUGUUAGGUUGGAAUUUUACUGAGCAGUGUGAUGGACAAGAAAAAAGUGGAUGAACAUGAGGCAGGAUCCGUUGCACUUCCUAAAGUUGAUAGAUUUGGAUUUGUAAAACCGGAAGCUAACUCUGCUGAUGGUUUAACAAGGAGUAGAUCGGCCUUCGAGUAUGAGAGUACAAAAGUUUGAGAUUAUCUCAACAUAAUCUCUUUUUGUUAAAGAUGGAUGCUUUCUUCUCGUUGUAAUCCUAUCACAUCAAUUUGCAAUAUAGGGAGGAAAGAAGAAUUAGAAAAUGGAGAAAAAUGAUUGGAGUUGGAGGAAGUGAUUGGAAGCACUAUCUUCGGAGGAAACCUCAUGUUGUUAAAAGGAGAAUAAGGAAAGGAAUUCCCGAUUGUCUAAGGGGUCUAGUUUGGCAGUUAAUCUCUGGAAGUCGGGACCUCUUGCUUAUGAAUCCAGGUGUCUAUGAGCAACUAGUUAUAUACGAGACAUCUUCUUCUGAGCUAGAUAUUAUUAGAGACAUCUCUAGAACAUUUCCUUCACAUGUUUUCUUCCAGAAAAGACAUGGACCGGGUCAAAGAUCCCUUUAUAAUGUUCUGAAAGCAUACUCUGUAUUUGACCGAGAGGUUGGAUAUGUGCAGGGAAUGGGAUUUGUGGCAGGUCUAUUGCUCCUAUAUAUGAGCGAGGAAGAUGCAUUUUGGUUAUUGGUUGCAUUACUGAAAGGAGCUGUCCAUGCUCCGAUGGAAGGAUUAUAUCUGGUGGGAUUGCCUCUUGUACAGCAAUACCUAUUCCAGUUUGAUCAUUUGGUGAAGGACCACUUGCCAAAGUUGGGAGAGCAUUUUGCUCAAGAAAUGAUAAACCCUAGCAUGUAUGCAAGCCAGUGGUUCAUAACUGUUUUUUCAUAUUCGUUCCCAUUCCAUUUAGCCCUUCGAAUUUGGGAUGUCUUUCUUUAUGAGGGCGUCAAAAUUGUUUUUAAAGUUGGUUUGGCUUUAUUGAAAUAUACCCAUGAUGACUUGGUUAAGUUACCUUUUGAGAAACUCAUACAUGCAUUACGCAACUUUCCCGAAGAUGCCAUGAACCCAGAUACGUUAUUACCAAUGGCCUACUCUAUUAAGGUGUCCAAGCAUUUGGAUGAAUUGAAGGACGAAUAUGAGAAACAUCAUGGGAAGGUAUCCGACUCCCGUGUUAAGCAGAAGCUGCAGCAAUUGAGUGCUGCUGAUACAGCUUCGAUUCAAUUAGAGGGACAGCAAAUUUGUGAUUAGAAACAGAUUCUUUUUUACUAUUCUUUGUUUUAAUUUUAAGUUUGCAAAACUAGUACAUAGAUUUUGUCCAUGAUACCAUGUCUUUAGACUGUUCUAUGAUGAACCAUUGGAUAAUUGUUUGAUUUUCUCGAGAGAGGUCGAGUUCCCUGACUCUUUACCAUUAGGUUUGAGGUUUUGGUUCUCAUUUCUGGCUACAAAGAUGGCGGUUUUUCGACUUAAUAGCGUAAUUUUUUUGGGAGAAAUUAAAGCUAAACAAUAUGCUAGGUGCAAUGUAUAUUAACAGGCAACCGAUUUUUAUUAUUUUCUGGUGUAAUUAUUCUUGAAAAAGAUUAUCAUUC